AACUGAUAUGCAAAUGAGCUUCAUGUCUCAUCACUCCCGACGUCGGAAGCGCCGAGGUUGCCACCAGUGGCACAACUAAAACUUCCGAAGUACAAUUAGCUAGCUCGCUAGCCGGCCCGGCGCACCGCAACUAGUUCGGUCCGGAUCAUAAACUUUGCUGGGAGAGAGGGGGACCGCUUCGCACCGGUUUCGGCCGGGGGGGAUGGAUCCCUCCGAGACGAGAAAGCGGUGAAAUUAAACUUCUGCGUCGCCCGACUCGUCCGGCUGUCGGUGGCUUCACCAGCUUGUUGUUGCUGUCAACCACUUCCGUACAAAUGGAUCUGUCUGUGACGCCUCCCUCUGCUGUCUUCCCAGCCUUUCCGGAUGGAUUAGCUGCGGUCUUGUAACCUUUGACUCUCUUGGCCUACAGUGGCUAGAAGCCCACAGCAAAACUACAUAGGGAAGUGGAGACGCCUUAUGUAAGCCUGUGCUAUGGCUGAUUCCAUCAUGGACUUAUUUGAUGAUUCAAGCAUAUUUCCGGGCGGUCUGGAGGAGCUGUCAGAUGAGAGCUUUGCUCCUGCAUCAGUCUUUGCUCCUGUGGUGGAGGAGCUGAUAAGUUCUGAGUUUGAGUCAUUGCCUGUAGUUGGGGCAGGCAAACAUCCUGGCAUAGGGUCAUCUUCCUCUCAACAGGGCUUGAACUUUGAACCGCAGAUUGACCAUUUUGGUUUACUGAAAACUCCACAUUCUAUAGGACAACCUUAUGUUUCAAACUGUACCACCAGUGAAAGUGGCCAUGUGUUGGGCCAACACACACAGUACCAUGGAUCCCCCUUACACCAGGGACCCCAGGCCAAUGGACUGUUCCCUGAUAGCAGCCCUAUGUGGGGCAACCAGGACCAGAAUGGUAAUGGAUUCCAUCAGCUUCCCCAGCAGCAGAGUCACCAUCAGCAUGUUCACCAACAUAGACACCUUCAGCCUCACCAGCAGCUUGCUGGCUCCCAGACUCUGCACCAACAGGGCAAAGCCUUCCCUGAGCACCAGGAAUUUAUGUUUUACCCGGGUAACCAGGCUCAGAAGCAACAGCAACCACAGCGAAACCACCACGGUCAGCUCCAACCUUUCUCCCUUAACACCGAGUGCAAUGGGGCUUUAUAUCGCCAAGGAGGUAUCCCGAAUGCCUUUAAGCAGCCAAAUCCCCACAUGAAUGCAGACAGUGUGUCGUUCCCUUGUGGCACUCGGCAACAGCAGAGCAGGAUGCAGAAUUGUCAGGGGGCUCAGAAGUACCCCACUUCCACAGAAAACAUGGUAAUGUUUUCCAGGGAGCCCACAUCCAGUGCACUCUGCUCUGUCAGUUCUGGAGCUUCUUACUGUAAUGUACAGUACCACCUUCCAGGACAGCCAGUGUUAAGUGCAAGUGCAGCCCAGUCCUCUACCCAUGUGCCUGCUAACACCACACCUUCUACCACUGUCCCUAUUCUAAGUGGUUCCAUGCCAGAGUUCUCAGGGGCAGAAGAUGCUUUUUCAUUGCUCCAAGAGAUGGAUCAGCAUCAGCCACGGCAGCAGGUUUCUAUAAACCAAGCUGGAGAUUGCCCUUUCCCGGCCAUGCGGCUCCCAGCACAAGCUCAGGAAGGCUACAGCAGCUCAGAGAUCUUCUCUGAAGACGUGGGCAGCUAUUCAGGUCCCAUAACCCAGCACCCCACUGCCUCUCAGGGGAGCUGUGGGCCGCUCAUACCUCCAGCAAACAGCAACGGAUAUGAGGACCUGGUUGAGAAUUUGUUACCGCAGAUUGAUGCUCAAACAGGAGAGUUUGAAGGACUGGAAGCUUCUGACCUUUUAGAAGAUGAUCUCCUUCCCCAGCUGGAACCUGAAGCCCUGAAUCAAAGGCUUCCUUUGGAGCAGCACAAGGAGUCAAAUUAUUCCUGGACCAAUGGAAACCAGGAGAGGGAUCAGGACAACCACUUGAUGGAUUAUGCAGCACAGCCUCGAAAGAACACUAAUGGUUCCAGCAACCACCCACGGGUCCUCAGCCCUCUGAAGAACUCCUCUCUGUCCUCGUCUGCAUUGCUGAGCCCCCCUACAGACAGGAGGGUGCCGAGGAAACAGCUGGUGGAGGCGGCACAGGAAGAUAAGCAGGAAAAGGCUAACAGGAUCAUUUCGGCGCCCCUCGCUAAAGCCAGGGAGAGGGGGUGGCAGAAAGGCCUCCCCAGGGUCAUGAGUCCCCAAAGCUUGCCCUGCACCUUGGAGCACCAGCCAGACCAUGGCAGCAGCAGGCGGCCCAGGGAGAAGCCCUCGAAGGCCAAAGGCAAGCAGGAUGCCAAAGUCGGGAAAAUAGUAAUCAAAUUUGGCAAGAAGAAGAAGCGGAAGAAUGACUCAUCAGAGUCAUCAACAGAGGAUGAGCCGCCUCUCCGGCGAUCCUCUAAGGACGACGACAUGAAGAGACGCUCCAACCGGCAGGUAAAGCGCAAGAAGUACACGGAGGAUGGGGAGUCCAUGCCGUCGGACGAGGAGGGCCGGGUGAUCGUCAAAGCCAAGAAGACGGCCACAUCUGUCAAAGAGCCUACCGCACAGAUGUUAGCGGCGAACCUGAGCGAAGAAGAUGGUGUCAUCGUUGACAAAAUCAUGUCAUCUCGUUUUGUGAAAACAGAGGUUUCUCCUGGAGUUGAGAUAGAAGUGGAGGAGUUCUUUGUCAAAUACAAAAACUACUCCUAUCUUCACUGCGAGUGGGCUACAGAGCAGAAGCUAAUGAAGGACAAGAGGAUCCAGCAGAAGAUCAAGCGUUUCCGGAUUAAGCAGGCGCAGAGGGCACUCCUCUUUGCAGACAUGGAAGAAGAUCCAUUUAACCCUGAUUAUGUCGAGGUGGACAGGGUGCUGGAGGUGUCUUACUGUGAGGACAAGGAUACCAAGGAGCAGAUGGUGGUGUACUACCUGGUGAAGUGGUGCUCCCUACCCUAUGAGGACAGCACCUGGGAGCUGAAGCAGGACGUCGACCAGAGUAAGAUCGAGGAGUUUGAGCGGCUGCGGGCAGCCCAGCCGGAUCCUCGGAGGAUGGAGCGGCCCCUGGCCAGUCAGUGGAAGAAGAGGGGGGAAUCCAGGGAAUAUCGCAACGGCAACCGCCUCAGGGAUUAUCAGCUGGAGGGAGUCAACUGGCUCCUCUUCAACUGGUAUAACAGACGUAACUGUAUCCUGGCUGAUGAAAUGGGCCUGGGCAAAACCAUCCAGUCCAUCACGUUUCUCGAGGAGAUCUACCACACUGGCAUCCGAGGACCCUUUUUAAUCAUCGCUCCACUCUCCACCAUUGCCAACUGGGAGCGCGAGUUCCACACCUGGACACAACUCAACGUCGUCGUCUACCAUGGCAGCAUGGUCAGCCGGCAGAUGCUGCAGCAAUACGAGAUGUAUUUCAAGGACUCUCAGGGUCACUUAAUUCAGGGGGCCUAUAAGUUCCAGGCCAUCAUCACCACCUUCGAGAUGAUCCUUGGGGGAUGUCCAGAGCUUAAUGCCAUCGACUGGCGCUGCGUCAUCAUUGAUGAAGCUCAUCGGCUGAAGAACAGGAACUGCAAACUGCUGGAGGGCUUCAAGCUCAUGAGUCUGGAACACAAGGUCCUCCUGACUGGCACGCCUCUUCAAAACACCGUGGAAGAGCUCUUCAGCCUGCUGCACUUCCUGGAGCCCUUGCGCUUCCCAUCUGAGGCCACCUUCAUGCAGGAAUUCGGGGACCUGAAGACAGAGGAACAGGUCCAGAAACUCCAGGCCAUUCUGAAGCCUAUGAUGUUAAGACGUCUAAAAGAAGACGUCGAGAAGAAGCUGGCUCCCAAAGAGGAGACCAUUAUUGAGGUGGAGCUGACAAACAUCCAGAAGAAGUAUUACCGCGCCAUCCUAGAGAAAAACUUCUCCUUCUUGGCUAAGGGUGCCAGCCAGACUAACGUGCCUAACCUGGUCAACACCAUGAUGGAACUCCGCAAGUGCUGUAACCAUCCAUACCUCAUCAAAGGGGCUGAAGAGAAGAUCUUGGAGGACUUCCGGGAGGUCUACAGUCCUGCUUCCAUGGACUUCCACCUGCAGGCCAUGGUGCAGUCGGCUGGGAAGCUGGUCCUCCUGGACAAGCUGCUGCCGAAGAUGAAGGCAGGGGGUCACAAGGUGCUCAUCUUCUCCCAGAUGGUGCGGUGCCUGGAUAUCCUGGAGGACUACCUCAUCCAAAGGAGGUACCUGUAUGAACGGAUAGAUGGGCGGGUCCGGGGAAACCUGCGGCAGGCUGCCAUCGAUCGAUUCUGCAAGCCCGAUUCAGACCGCUUCGUGUUCCUGCUGUGCACACGUGCGGGGGGCUUGGGCAUCAACCUGACAGCUGCGGACACCUGCAUCAUCUUUGACUCCGACUGGAACCCCCAGAACGAUCUCCAGGCUCAGGCUCGCUGCCACAGGAUUGGCCAAAACAAGGCAGUGAAGGUAUACCGGCUGAUCACCCGCAACUCCUAUGAGCGUGAGAUGUUCGACCGCGCCAGCCUGAAGCUGGGCCUGGACAAGGCCGUGCUGCAGAGCAUGAGCGGCCGGGAGAAUGUCACAGUCGGAAGCCAGCAGCAGCUCUCUAAGAAGGAGAUCGAGGACCUGCUGAAACGAGGGGCCUAUGGGGCCCUUAUGGAAGAGGAGGAUGAAGGCUCCAAGUUCUGUGAGGAGGAUAUCGACCAGAUUCUCCAGCGCAGGACCAAGACCAUCACCAUUGAGUCCGAGGGCCGCGGAUCCACGUUUGCCAAGGCCAGUUUUGUAGCCUCUGGCAACAGGACCGAUAUCUCUUUAGAUGACCCCAACUUCUGGGACAAGUGGGCAAAGAAGGCAGAGAUAGAUCUGAGCAGCAUCGAUGGCAGAAACAGCCUGGUGAUUGACACGCCGCGGGUCCGGAAGCAGACUCGGCCCUACAGCACCACCAAGAGCGAGCCGGCGGAACUGAUGGAGGGGGACAGCGACCGGGAUGACAAGCCCAAGCUGCGGCGUCCCUAUGACCGCCUCAGCAGCUACGGCCGUACUGAGUGCUUCCGCGUGGAGAAAAACCUGCUGGUGUAUGGGUGGGGGCGCUGGAAGGAUAUCCUCCAGCACGGGCGUUUCAAGCGGCCGCUCAGUGAGCGAGACGUGGAGGUGAUCUGCCGGGCGCUGCUGGCCUACUGCCUGGUGCACUACCGCGGCGAUGACAAGAUCAAGAGCUUCAUGUGGGACCUGAUCGCCCCCUCUGAGGACGGCCGCACCCGGGAGCUGCAGAACCACCUAGGCCUGUCAACUCCGGUUCCCCGGGGCAGGAAGGGCAAGAAGGUGAAGGCCCAGUCCAGCACCUUCGAGAUCCACAAGGCCGAGUGGAUCCAGAAGCACAACCCCGAGCACAUCCUGCAGAACGACAGCUACAAGAAGCACCUGAAGCACCACUGCAACAAGGUGCUCUUGCGGGUCCGGAUGCUCUACUACCUGAAACAGGAAGUCAUUGGAGACAGGUCACAGAAGGUCCUGGAUGGAGUGUGCUCCAGUGAGAUUGAAAUCCGGGUUCCAGAGCCCGACCACUCCGACCUUCCCACUCUCUGGUGGGACCUGGAGGCGGACAAGUGUCUCCUCCUUGGAGUUUACAAGCAUGGUUAUGAGAAGUACAACACGAUCCGUGCGGAUCCUGCGCUCUGCUUCCUGGAGCGGGUGGGGCGGCCGGAUGAGAAAGCCAUCGCGGCUGAGCAGAGGGCCAAUGACUUCAUGGAUGGGGAUGUGGAUGACCCAGAGUACAAGCCUGCGCCGGCCUUGCUGAAGGGUGACAUGGAGGAUGACGUGUCCUCCCCUGGAGAGCUGGUCAUCGCUGAUGCUGCUGGGGACGGCCCAGUGCCGACAGAGGGAGGCAUCGCGUACUGGCCCAUGUCCUCGGCUCUCACUGCUCGGCUGCGUCGCCUCAUCACCGCCUCCCAGCGCUAUACGAAAAGCCGUCAGAUCCUGCAUAUCCACCGCACUCAGCAGGCCUCCCUGGCCCCGACCUGCACGCCGCCACCCCCCCUCGCCGACACUAUGACUCCCAAGAUGGCUGCCAAAAUCGAGCGUCAGCAGCGGUGGACCAGGCGCGAGGAGGCAGACUUCUACCGUGUGGUGUCCACCUUUGGCGUGGUGUUUGACACCGAGGCAGGCCGCUUCGAAUGGACCAAGUUCCGCGCCAUGGCGCGGUUGCACAAGAAGACUGACGAGAGUCUGCAAAAGUACCUGCAGGCUUUCGCGGCCAUGUGCCGCCGUGUGUGCCGCCUGCCCGCCCGUGAGGAUGAUUCCGCUGACCCCUCCAUCUCCAUUCAGCCCAUCACGGAGGAGCGGGCGUCCCGCACACUAUACCGCAUCGAACUGCUGCGCAAGGUCCGGGAGCAGGUGCUACGGCACCCGCAGCUGGGCGAGCGCCUGGCACUGUGCCAGCCGGGCCCUGACCUACCCGUGUGGUGGGAGCCAGGGCACCACGACCGCGACCUGCUGAUAGGGGCAGCCAAACAUGGAGUCAGCCGCACGGACUACCACAUUCUGCGUGACCCCGAGCUCGUGUUCAUAGCUGCCCAAAGCAGUUACAGCCAGCACAGGGGCUCACAGUCCCGCAUCGCCACGCCGCUCCUGCAGUUGCAGAGCCAGACCUCGCUCGCUGGGUCCCCUUCAAGCGGCCCACUGCGGGAGCCUGAGACUACGGCCACCCCGGACGAAGGCCCCAAGAUGGAGCUGAAACAGGAGCUCAUCUUUGAGGUGGAGGAUGUAGAAAGGAAAGAGCCACUCGCAUCCUGGAGUCCCAAGGUGGUUCCUCGGACUCCCACAAACCCAGGGGGAGAGGUCGUCCUCCAAAAGGCCGAGGCAUUGCAGACCAAGGCCUUCACACCCGAGUCGAGCGCUGAGAAGCACAGGAAAACCUGCAAGCCGAGCUCCCGGAGUCCCCGGGGGCGCCACGCCUCCUCUUCCUCAUCCGGCUCAUCUUCACGCUCCUCUUCAUCAUCGUCAUCAUCCUCGUCCUCUUCACGAUCGGGUUCCAGCUCCACAUCCUCCUCUUCGGGUUCUUCGUCGUCCUCCGAGGACGGUGAAAGCGAUGCAGAGGAGGACAGGAAGGCUGCGUUGCCGGGGCCGACCAUGAAAGGCUUUGAUGAGGACAGCGUUGCGUCGCUGAGCACCACACAGGAAGAAACGCAAGAUGGCAGCCUCCCUGAGAGCAUCCUGCCCAGCUCCUCCAAUCCUUUCCAGGGAGGAUUCAUGCUGGCUGCCUCCUACUGGCCAAAGGACCGGGUCGUCAUCAACCGCCUGGACAGUAUCUGUCAGGCAGUUCUGAAGGGGAGGUGGCCCACGGCCCGGCGUGCAUUUGAAGGGGGUGUGGUGUCAUCGUUUUACACCACCAAGCUUCUGGAUAGCCCCACGGGGCCUGCAGGCCUUAGAGAGGAGUGCUCGGCCUCCCCACGGAUGGCAAAGGUGAAGACGCAUGUACCAGAAAAGGAGUUUACAGUCAAAAUCAAAGACCAGGAGGGAAGCUUGAAGAUGACGUUCCAGAAACAGGGCUUGCUCUUGAAACGCCCCCUGGAGGCAGAAGAAGGAGCUGCGAAUCAGCAGCAGUACUUGGCCCGUCUGCAUGAUCUGCAGGCUGCCGCUGAUGCCAGCGUGUCUGAUUUCACCAAGCCUUUACCCAGCACUGGCCCAGGGGAGCGGAUGGCGGCGGACACACCGCCCGCAGUGAAGAGGAGGCGCGGCAGGAGGAAGAAUGUGGAAGGAUUGGGCGUCCUGUUCAUGAACAGGAGCAGGACUCCUAUGUCCCACGAGCAGGCAACCACUGGCUGGUACGGCAGUGCCCCAGCCAGUCCCGCCGUGGCCCCCGCGCAGGGGUACAGGCAGGGGCCGACAGACCCUGAGGGGAGGGUGCCCGUUAUCAACCUCAAAGACGGAACCCGUCUCACGGGUGACGACGCCCCCAAGAGGAAAGAGUUGGAACAGUGGCUAAGGGCGCACCCGGGUUUCGUGGCAGACGCUGGGGCCUGCCUGCCUGGCGCCACCAACAUGCAGUUUCCGGACGGCCGGCCAAAGCAGAAGCGGCAUCGAUGCCGCAAUCCCAAUAAGAUGGAUGUCAAUAGCUUGACGGGGGAGGAGCGUGUGCAAAUCAUCAACAGGAGGAACGCACGCAAGGUGGGUGGUGCCCUGGCUCCUCCGCUGAAGGACCUGUGCCGCUUCCUCCAGGAGAACCCCGAGUACGGAGUGCCCCCAGAGUGGGCCGAUCUGGUCAAGCAGUCGGGCUACCUUCCAGAGAGCAUGUUUGACCGCAUCCUGACCGGACCCAUAGUUCCGGAGGAGGUUAGUCGCCGUGGCAGGCGGCCCAAAAGCACUGCGGCUAAGGCAGCCAAGGCCUCCCCUGCCCUGCCCGGGAACCCCCUGCUGGCCAACGGGCUGCUCCCUGGCAUGGACCUGUCCAGCUUACAAGCCCUGCAGCAGAACCUCCAGAGCCUACAGGCCCUGCAGCUAGGCGCCGGCCUCAUGGGUCUGCCGGGCGGCCUGGCGGCGGCAACUGGCGACACCGGCAACCUGGCUUCCAUGUUUCCCAUGAUGCUCUCGAACCUUCUGGGCAUGAGCAGCCUGUUAGGGAAGUCGCAGGAGGUGACGACUGGCACGGAGGAUGGCAAGAAGGAAAGCGGGAACGGCGAUGGAGACGCUUCGGUCUCCGGUGGCCCUCCUGUCACCCCCGAGCCCAAGGGCGAAAGGACCAAGGGCCAGGACCAGGAGCCCUGCAGCUCAGCGGCCACGCCGAGCACCACCUCUGCCAGCAGCUCCUUGCUAGCGCUUAACCCACUGCUGCUGUCCAGCAUGCUGUACCCAGGGAUGCUGCUCCCUCCGAGCCUUAAUCUCCCCAUGUCCCCAGUAGCGCAGUCCGGCUUGUUAGAGAGACAGCAGCAAAACUCCAUCAGCGUCCCCUCCUCCCCGGUCAUCCCUCCCAAGGAGACUCCACCUGAGGCAAGAUGGCAGGGGGUAAGAGAAGGGGAUCAGGUGAAGGGGUUUCGAGAGCAGGCCUCAGAGCUGAAGAAAAGUGGCGAGGAGCGACUGGGAAAAUCAGAUUUCUCGUCGGAGUCCGGAAGCUCACCGUCAUCUGAAGAUUCAGACUCCAGCGACGGAGACUGAGCUCAGUGCCUCCCCUAACAAUUAAGUAUAUGAGUAAUAUAUGGGUUUUCAUGCACUGAUUUUUUUUUUUUGUAAAUUAUGGAAAUUAAUAGUAUGUUAUGAGGAAAAAACCAGCUGAAGGAACAGUGUGGCAUCUGAAAUGAUUUCAGUGUUUCUUCAAAGGUACAAUAUUGUUUGAGAGGAUUUGCAUGCACGCUAUUAAAUUGAAAUGUGUGAAGCUGUAUUUCAGUGACAAAAAAGGUAUUGUUAAUUAUGUUGAGAAUCAUUUUAUUAAAUGAGAAAAUGAAUUCUCAAUAUGAGCUGUACAUAUAUAUGUAUAUGGGGGUAAAUACUGUGUAAAUACUUUUUAGAAUGUCCUCGUAAAUAGCAAAGUCUUCUGAGCAUCAGCAAUAAGUUAGGCAGCUCAUGGAUGUCUGAAAAGCUGUAGAUCCUGUUUGCCUCACACGUCCCUUUGUGUGGUGGCAAAGCCACAGGAAGCCGAGACCCUAACCAGCCUCUGUCCUCCUCCCCUCUCGCCUCACUGUGGAGCUCCGCCCCGUCUGUGGCUGUGUGAUCGCCAGGCGUGCUGAAGCAUUCAAGAGGACUGUGCAUUAGUGCGCCGUUGUGGGACGACUGUAGAAACCCGCAAACCCUUCAGCAGUGGGUCGUCUUAAACUUAGUUGCACUUUUAGCAUUUGCACAAACAUCCAGGUUAUUUUUUUUUGGCGCAAUCAUCUCCUCCCAGGGCUGUAAGAGAGAGCAGCCUUUGAAUUGGCCUUCACUGAGGCUGUCAGGAGACCGGACAGGAAGCAGAUGACUGCUAUAUGUCACUCCUGCUAAUAGUUGAUUGAGUCUGGCUGCCAUUUUGCUGUGCUGCCUGUUUCAGGUCCUGUUUUGCGUUCUGAAGAAUUCGUCAUAGCAGAGUUGCAGGUGGUUAGCUUGUCACUGACCCUAACCUCAGCUGAGUCAUGGGUGCAGUGUUCUUUGCAGUUUAUUUCGCAGUGUGUGACUCGGAGGGCACUGCGUUGUGUGUUUCGCUAUAGCUAUCUGCUGGUGUGGUCAUCUCAGUCGUCCUGCUGUUUCUACAUUGGAUUUCUGUUAUCCAAAAAAAAAAAAAAAACGACCGAAAAUCUGUUUGCCGGAGAGAUAAUUGGUUUCAUUUCCUGCUGUCUGAGAGCCUGAGAAGGAAACACUGCCAAAUUUCAAGUCAGGGGUCAGCAGUCUGGUGCCUUUUGUGCGCUGCUCUAUGUGCAUGGGGGUCACACGUGCUAUGGCGGGGGGGGGUUCGCCGUGUGAAACCACAGCUGACAGGCAACUAGUCAGAACUGGCAUCUUUCGGGGGGGGAGGGGGGUGGAGAAGCACAUGACGGUAAUUGGAUUUCGGUAUUUGUUUCUGGUUGUGCAGCAGAACAUGCACGAAGCAGGCGUGUAGAUGCCGGUCAGCAUGUUCCCCCAGCUUACCCGCAUCCAUUUGCCAGUUCCCUGUUUAAGGUGAGCUGGCUUUCCUGGAGCCGGACUGCUCUGGAGCCUUGGAGUCCCACCAUCACCUCUCCCGCUCGCCUUGCUUCUGCAGUGCCACCAGAGCUCCUGCCUAUGCCUUGUACCUGUUCCUCCCUGGAUAGAUAUACUUCAAUAUAUUUUUCCAACACCUUCCAGCUGUGCAUUUAUUUUUAUAGGAAUUAUGUGUUAAUCCACCACUGUGUUAAAUACUUAUUUAUGCCUUAACCUUAAGAUAUAAGUUCCAGGUAUGUAUAUUGUGUUGGAUUUUUAUUUUUUAAUUUUAAUUUAUGUUAUAUACAAAUACAUGCAGCUCUUCUGGCUGAUUAUUGCCCUUACGAACAAUGUAGUGGGUACGUCUGCACGUUGCCUUACACUAUGUGUGUCACCUGACUCAUCCCUCACAGCUGUUAAACGUGAGAGUCGCAUAUGUGGUCUGUCUGUAAAGUUUCUAUGUGCGUGAUGUUACCUUUUGGUGAUGGGGGGGCCUUCCUGUUGGUAAUGACAAGCUGUGUACACUGCUUUAAAAAAAGGGAAAAAACUUGUUGAUCUGACACGUCGUGGAUUUUAAGGUGGGUAUAUAUCAGUAUUGAGGGGCAAUUUUAGAAUUUUAUUAUUUUUAAGUAAAAUAGACCACUUUUAUUUGAGCUAAUUAAAGUUUUGCUGACAUGGCUCAUGAAAUGCCCUUAGCAAGCUUAUCAAUUAAGGUUAUUUUAUUAUUUUUCCAGAGUCUGUAUGCUGAAGCCCAUUUGGAGACGGCUAUGCAGUAUAUACCUCACAAGCAUAGAGCCACUAGUUUGACCUGGUCCAUGUGGGUCCCCCCCACCCCACUCACCCACGGCCUUCAUAAGGCAAAGUGGUGCAUGUCUGGCCUGCUCGCCUGUGACGUCUCUCUGCUGUCCCGUCCCUUGGGUAAAAAACCCAUAUUACCUACUUGUAGGACACCAAGCCCAGCGCUCUCAGAAGUGCUGUACAACGCAAGAGAAAUUUUGGACUUUCCCUUUGGGGCAACAAUUAUUACCACAAUUUAGUUCCUGCACGAUAAUAUUUGGGUAGUUUAAAUGCUUCUUUCAAAUAGAAGAUUGCAAGUGCUGGACAAAGCAGUCUUAGACCUGUCAUGAUAAGAGUGGAAAAAAAUGACCAAUAUGCAGCAAAAAAAAAAAGAAAAAAUAGACACUAAUACUUGAGUUGACGUAAGAUUAGUGUGAAGGCUACAGUGGCUUUUGUUAUGUAUAUAGACUUUUUGUUCCAAGCUUGAUAUCUUGAAGGUUACUUUCAAGUCCAGUUUUCUUUUGGAGAGUUGCAGUAUAUGAAGGCUGUGAUAUGUGUAGUUUAGUAGUUCUUUAUGUAGUGCAGGAGAUGCAUUCUCAGUCAUUUGUAAUUUAUUGAAUUACUUUGUAUGGAGUUCUAUAGAGGAAAUGGAAGUUAAAUUAUUUUUAUUAAACUCUUUGACCUAUUCAAA